UCCUCCUCCUCCUCCUCCUUCUCCUCCCCCCCCCAUGCGUGCCCCCGGCGCGGCGCUCGCGGCGGCGGCGGCCGCCGCCGCGGCCUGUCCUCGCGCGGCCCGCGCGGCAGCGCCGCCACGGCCGAACCCGCCGGAGUGGCCGCCCAGCGUCCGCGUGUUCGGGCCCGAGGACAGCACCGAGGACAUCGAAUCCGCGGUCGGCAGGGCGUACGGGAAGAACGGCGGCCACGCGCCGAUCGACCACGGGCAGUUCUCCGAGGAGCGGUACGCUUUCUUUUUCAAGCCCGGCACGUACGCUGCGGAGGUCCCCGUGGGUUACUACACCCAAGUCCUCGGGCUCGGGGCCAGUCCCUCGGACGUUGUGUUCUCCUCCGAGCGCGGGGUGUUUGCCGAGGAGGGCGACCAGACAGACCUCGGCGGUGCGCUCAGCACUUUCUGGCGCGCAGCGGAGAACUUCCGAAUCCAGGGCAGCAUGAUGUGGGCCGUAUCGCAGGCCGCUCCACUCCGGCGCAUUAUCGUGGACAAGGACCUGAGUUUGUCUCAGUACGUCGAUGGUGUGGGUUGCGGCUACGCGAGCGGCGGUUUCUUGGCCAAUGCCCGGGUGAGCGGCACCAUCCACUCCGCGAGCCAGCAGCAGUGGUUCACACGGAAUACGCUUAUGGGCGGUUGGCCGGAGGGCAAUUGGAACAUGGUGUUCGUUGGCAACAAGAAUGGCCCAGCGAGCAAAUGCGGACGCAAAGACGGUGAGGCGGGGUUCCCUUCAGUCGCCGUAGAUGCCACGCCGAUAAUAGCAGAGAAACCCUUCAUAACUAUUGAUCCGGAUGGAAAAUACAGUUUGCAGAUACCAUCUGUAAGGCACGACAGCGUGGGUCCUAAUUUCGACGAUCCCGAGUCAAAGUUUACUGUCGUGGAUUUCGCCGACGUGUACGUGGCUACCGACGUAGACUCCGCAGAUGUCAUCAAUGAGCAGUUAUCGAGUGGAUUGCACGUCGUGCUGACUCCUGGCAUCUAUCGCCUGAGGGCCCCUCUGAAACUGAGCCACGAGGGCCAGGUCCUCCUCGGUCUAGGCUUGGCGACUUUGGUCUCAGCGGCGGGCAACCCUGUUGUGUGCGUCGGCAACGUCGACGGCGUUCGCAUCGCAGGGUUGCUGCUCGAGGCUGGCCCAGAUGAGGCGGAGACGCUGCUGGAGUGGGGCGACGGCUCCCACGAGGGCAGUGCAGAGAAUCCAGGGGUGCUUACGGACCUCUUCGCGCGCGUGGGUGGCCCGAAUGAUCCCGCACAGGGCGAGGUUCGGGCCAAGGUUAUGGUCAAGAACGGUGGCGGAUCGUCUGGCCACGUGGUGGGCGACAAUCUGUGGCUGUGGAGGGCCGACCAUGGGGUUGCGGGCAAAGUCACCGGAGCCGCGAACCCUUGCGAGAACGGACUCGUUGUCAAGGGAAACCAUGUGACUAUGUACGGCCUUGCUGUGGAGCAUACGCUGAAGGAUUUGGCGCACUGGUUUGGGGAUGACGGCCAGACGUUCUUCUACCAAUCAGAGCUUCCUUACGAUGUUGACGAGUCUUGGGGAGACGCGGGCUUUGUCGGGUACCGCGUCGACGACGGGGUGAAACAUCACAAGGCUUACGGCGUGGGCGUCUACCACUACUUCCGUGACCACGCAGUCACUGUGCAGACGGGCAUCGCGGCCCCCAGUCACUUGGAAAGUUCUUUUGUUUCGCCCUUGGCUGUUUCGCUAUCUGGAAAGGGCACAAUGCUUGCAGUAAUGAACUGCAGAGGCGAUUCCACGAGUGGCGAUGCGGGCGUAUCAUAUUACUGCGAGACCGGGACGCCCACUGUCGCCUGCGUUCCUGGCCGAGCCCCAGCGCCAACGCCGGCGCCUCCACCGACAGAUGCGCCACCGCCGACUGCAAUGCCGCCAACUGCUGCCCCAGGGCCGCCAGGCGAGUGCGCUGAGCCGUGGGAGAAGUGCGGUGGCCAAGGAUGGACGGGCCCGACGUGCUGUACUGAAAAGUACACUUGCGUCGAGUUUACUCGGACGACUUCGCAGUGCCUGCCCAGGAACCCAGGGGUACUUAUAGACGAUCUUCAGCUAAACGACAGCGCUGUCAUGGACGAUCGGACCGCUGGCGUGAUAGAGCUGCUUCCAGAGGAGGCUCGGCCAGCUGCACGCGGGACCGAACACGCCAUCGUGGCUUCUUUCCAGCUGUUGGCGAAGCUGCCCUGGUGGGCAUUUUUGCUCCUCGUGGCGCAGGUCGCCCUCCUGUGCGGCGUGGGGUGCCGCGUCCUGCAGAGGCGCUGCCGGCGGGACGGCGGGUCGGCAGGGCAGCAGCCGCAGGGCGCCCCCUGGGGGCCCCACAAGGGCCCGUACCGCAGACUUGGGAGGAAGCGCGGCUAGCUCUCGGGGCUUCUUUGGGCCUCCUCCCCCCAGCGCGCGGAGCGCUCCCGGGGCGGCGCUGAAGGCGUCGGGGGCCCCAGGGCCGAUCCAAGAAGCAUCCGCGCGAACCUCCAGGAGGUUGUUCUAAUUUAUGUCGUGUUGUUGCUUCCUCUGUCCUGCCGCUUAGGCGAUUUCGUGCAGGCCUCGCUCGGAUUGCCAACCUGCUGGGGCUCACAGGGCUGGUCGCUCAUCGUGUGGCGGGUGUUUAGGCGCUGCUUCUCCAUGCCGCGCAGAUCCGCCAGCGCUCUUCCUGAAACGUUGGGGCAUGGACCCCCGCGCAAGACUUCGCUUGUUGGUUUCUCGGCUGGUUGCAAUCGAAGAAUUGGCAUGGACAACACAUCGAUGCAUGUUAGGAUCGACUCGAAUGCCCCCUUCGAACAGCAAUGCUGAGGCGAAACAUUGCUGGACGCCAAUCCCUCCGCCGACGGUGUGAUCCACCCAAGGGUCAGUCGUGUAUGGGUUCUGGAAAAUUAUGCGCACCAAUCCCUAUGACCAUUGUUUUCAAGAGGCGGCCGUCCUAUCCCGAGUGCAGGGCGCGUCGAACAGAGACGAUACAGUCUGACAACCGCUUCCAUACGCACAUUUGUUCUUCGGGCGCGUCGAUGGAUUGCAGCGGCUGGUUCACAAGCUGUGAACGCGGGCAAUUACCGCGCACGCACACACACAUCUGUUUUUCGCCACCGCUGCAACGGACCGCAGUCGCCGAUGCCACUGUUACGGGAAGGGUUAAGCGCGAAGAUUUACAACCAGGUUGUGACACACACGCGCACACACGAAAAUAUCCAAACACACAGGUGGUCUAACUGUGUUUUUUUGUUAGCCGCAUGCUUGCCUCGAGUGUUUGCCAUUGGUUGUGCCGAGCCACGUCAGGUGAUUUAGUUCUUCUAGCGGUGGCUAUCAUGGCACAUGGACCUGUUUUGGUGUUCAAGCAGCCCCGCCCUUCCGACAGAAAAGAUGCAGCGUCGUUAUAAGUCUGUUUAAUACUAAAGAAUUAUGUCUGAUGGUCUGACGGUCAGGUGGUGAAAGCACUUCCCGUGAGUUCUGAUGUAUGCAUCGAGGCACCUCGCUCGUGCCAUUAUAUCAUGUCGUGUAGCACUGCAUGUCAGCAUGUGGAAUUGGCACCGCCGCUGCGCAAAAGUCUGCACCGCCGUCUGCGCAAGUCUACUGAGCUUUGGAAUGGCGAGCCUGUAUCACAUACGCAGAUAUGUGGCAUCAUGGAGGUGAGCGCAUUUGAUGUCGUCCUGUUCUAGUUGUUUUAGGGCUCGCUUGGUUUUACGGCGCGUUUCCAAACGAAUGCCUCAGCGCAGUUGCAGGCCGUUGUUGCAUUGCUUAGGCUUGAGGUAGGCAGGCAUCCGACGCACGUCAACUCCUUUUGGAACGUACCGCGUACGUGCGAAUAUGCAUCCGGUCUCUCUCAAGGGAACGGGGUGGGCUUAGUCUGUCGUGCU